AUGUUUCCUGCAUCUGCCCGUCAUGGGGAGCCUCCUGGUGCGCCCCUGCAUGCGGCCACUGACAAGGACGUCGACGUCGACCCUGCCCAGGACGACAAGGACCUUGAGCUGGGCACCGCCCUACCCUCCAAACCCAACCAUUCGCGCGUCUCCCUCCCCGACUCGGGCAGAUCGUCCAUGGCCUCGCGUUCAGGCUCGGGUCGGCGCGACGACAACAACAACAACAACAACAACAACCACGACGACGACGACGACGACGACGACGAUGCCGCCUCCGAGUUCCCUUGGGGUCCCUCGCACCCAUGCUUUCCACAUCCCAACCCCCAUGUCCCGUUGACGUCGGACCUGUACAACACCACACGCAUCAUCCGCAUUAAGAGAGACUGGAUGAUCAAGGGCGACCUGGCCCCGAACUUUGCCAACCUGUACCCGGAGAUUCUCGAUCCCCUCAUCUCGGAAGACGACUUUCGCCUGCUGAUCAAGAAGAUCAACGACACCUUGAUCGAUGCCUUUGACCCCUUUACCUUUCGCGCAUGGCUCGAUGCCGUCAUGGGCGUGGCCACCUUUUGGCUGUGGGACGAUGCCGGUCUGACGGGCGUCAAGAAGAAACUAGCCGACCUCGAAUCCUGGAUAGAGAGCUGGAACCAACACGUCGGGGCCAAGGAAUCUGUCCAGAUUAUUUCCCUCCGCCGCACAGGCUACCUGACCCUCGACUUCCAAAUCCCAGACCCCCAUCUCGGCCCAGACACGGGUUCCCGGCCCAACACGCAGGAAGAAAGCCAGUACAACCACUCGCCCAACCGCCAAAAUCAUUUCUCGCCCCACUCCCACUCUCUCACGCCCACGCUCCAGGUCAAUUCGCAGCCCCAGCCCGUCGACGCACGCUGA